CUGCGAGUAAUACGACGGAGGAUCAAACCUGCGAUGAAGCAAGAAGGUUCUCAAUAACCUCGUAAUAUUUCGCUGUUUUCUGUCUCCAUCAUUAUCUUUCCCCUUCUCCCCAGCGCGCAUUUUUCCUGAAAGGCUGCUGCGUAAAAAUAGAAGUACAGUUGUCCAAAACUGGCCCCCAUUGACACAAUAGCUCCCAUUCCUCAGACGUGGCUCCUCCCUGUAUGUGUGAGAGCGUGUGUGUGUGUAUGUGUGUGAGUGUGCAGCGGGUGGGUGACAGCUGGGCUCGCCGCGCUCCGCUCCAGUCUAAGCUUCUCCAAAUAGGAUGACCGUCGGCUUUUGUGGAAGAGGACUGCGUACGUCUCCGUAGCUCGUUCUGGGACACCCUGUCGAUUCGGUCCGUCCGGUCUCACCUGAGGAGAACCUAAGAACUAGAACAUCGCUUAUCUGUUUAGUGUGGAUUUCUGAUGGAUAUUCCGAUUUGAAGAGGUGCGAUUUGAGCGCGGCAUGUAACAAAAAGAAGUGCAAGAGAAAAGUAGCGCUCGUAUUGUUAUUCUGAAGCGAGCUCCCCCAUCUGAACUGCUUGAAAGGACAGAUCUAAUGGAUUAUUAAAAAAAAAAACACCAGAGCUGGCAUACCCAUUCAUGAGCUGAAGGCGAAACCACAUCUUUAGCAGAGGACCAGCAGCAGCAGCAGCGGCGGCGGCGGCGUUGGAGUGACCAUGAGGUCAGAGGCCUUAGUACUCUACUUCACGCUACUGCAAAUAGCCGGGGCGGGUUUCCCUGAGGACAGUGAGCCUAUUAGCAUCUCACAUGGCAACUACACAAAACAGUAUCCUGCAUUCGUGGGCCACAAACCUGGGAGGAACAACACGCAGCGGCACAAACUGGACAUCCAGCUCAUCCUGAUCAUGAACAGGACGUUAUACAUCGCUGCCAGGGAUCACAUAUACACAGUGGACACCGAGACUGCCAACGGUGACGAGAUCUUUUUCAGUAAGAAAAUGACCUGGAAGUCCAGACAGGCAGACGUGGACACUUGCCGAAUGAAAGGAAAGCAUAAGGAUGAAUGUCACAAUUUCAUCAAAGUCCUCCUGCAGCAAAACGGUGACACCCUGUUUGUUUGUGGAACAAACGCCUUCAAUCCGUCCUGUCGAACCUACAAGAUGGACUCCUUGGAGGCUCUAGGAGAAGAGAUCAGCGGGAUGGCGCGCUGUCCAUACGAUGCCAAGCAUGCCAAUGUUGCACUCUUUGCUGACGGCAAGCUGUACUCAGCCACCGUAACAGACUUCCUAGCGAUCGAUGCGGUCAUCUAUCGUAGUCUUGGCGACAGCCCGACUCUUCGCACUGUCAAACACGACUCCAAGUGGCUGAAAGAACCGUACUUUGUCCAGGCAGUCAAUUACGGAGACUUCAUCUAUUUCUUCUUUCGGGAAAUUGCAAUGGAGUACAACACAAUGGGAAAGGUGGUGUUUCCCCGGGUGGCAAGGGUUUGCAAGAACGACCGCGGAGGUUCUCCUCGCGUCCUGGAGAAGCAGUGGACGUCGUUCCUAAAGUCCCGCCUGAACUGCUCCAUCCCCGGGGAUUCCCACUUCUACUUCAACAUCCUGCAGGCCGUGACGGACGUCAUCCACAUCAAUGGGCGGGAUGUGGUGAUGGCCACUUUCUCCACGCCUUACAACAGUAUUCCAGGUUCGGCAGUGUGUGCCUACGACAUGGCGGAGGUGGCCCGCGCCUUCACUGGGCGAUUCAAAGAGCAGAAAUCCCCAGACUCCACCUGGACGCCUUUUCCUGAAGAGAGGGUUCCCAAGCCAAGACCUGGCAGCUGUGCCGGCACUCCAUCCAUGGAGAGGUACAAGGUAUCCAAUGAGUUCCCUGACGACACUCUGAACUUCAUCAAGAUGCAUCCCCUGAUGGACGAGGCUGUGCCCUCUAUCGCUCACAGGCCCUGGUUUCUCAAGACCAUGGUGCGGUAUCGCCUGACGCGGAUCGUGGUGGACAACCAGGCGGGCCCCCACAGGAACCACACGGUCGUGUUCUUGGGAUCCGAGAAGGGCAUCAUCCUGAAAUUUCUGGCCAAAAUGAACAAAGGCUUCCUCAACGACAGCCUGUUCCUCGAGGAGCUCAACGUCUACAACCCGGACAAGUGCAGUAUAGAUGGCGUGGAAGACAAGCGCAUCAUCGGGAUGCAGAUAGACAGCAAGAGUAAUGCUCUGUGGGUGGCUUUCACCUCCUGUGUGGUCAAAGUGCCGCUGUCUCGCUGUGAAAGGCAUGGAAGAUGCAAGAAAUCCUGCAUAGCCUCCAGGGACCCGUACUGUGGUUGGGUGUCAGAAGGUGCCUGUCGACAGGUGACUACCGACACCAAAUCAGCCUUCGAGCAGGACGUGGAGCAUGGUAACACAGAUGGCCUGGGAGACUGCCAAAAUACAUUUGUGGCACUGAAUGACAUCCCUUCUGGUUAUGAAGGCCACCACCACCAUCACCACUCCCUUUCACUUCCCACCUCGGCCCUCCCCGAGGCAGCCGAGGGGCCCCUGGGGCGGAAGGACCCCCCUAUGAGUUCAGACAAAGGGGAGGACCCUUACGUGGCGGUGCCCUCUCAGACUCAACCCGAAGCCACUGGUGUGAUCCGUGAGAGCUACCAGAAGGGUCGCGACCAGCUGGUUCCCGUGACCCUGUUGGCCAUAGCCGUCAUCUUGGCUUUUGCGAUGGGCGCCAUCUUCUCAGGUCUCAUCGUCUACUGCGUCUGUGACCACCGGCGGCGAGAUCUGGACCUGACAGGUCGCAAGGAGAAGGACAGCCUGCAUCUCCACUCCCGCCGCGGGUCGAUGAACAGCGUGACCAAGCUGACCGGUCUGUUUGAGACGCAGGCCAAAGAUGGCCGCCCGGAGGCGAUUCUCACCCCUUUGAUGCACAAUGGGCGACUGACACCAAAUGCCAAGAUGCUGAUAAAAGCCGACCAGCACCACCUGGACCUCGCUGCUCUGCCAACGCCUGAAUCCACGCCGAUGCAGCCGCGUCGCAAGCCCAGCCGUGGAAGCCGUGAGUGGGAAAGAAAUCAGAACCUCAUCAAUGCUUGUACCAAGGACAUGCCGCCUAUCGGGUCUCCUGUCAUCUCCACGGACCUGCCCCUGAGGGCUUCACCUGGUCACAUCCCCAGCGUUGUCGUUUUGCCUUUGCCGCAACAUCAGCAUCAGCUUCCGCCUCACCUGCAGCAGUCCUACCAGCACGAGUAUGUGGAGCAGCCCCAUCACAGCGACCUGGGCAUGGCCCACGGCGUCAUGGAAGACCAAGGGGCCACCUUGGAGUACAAGCCAGGAAAGAGCCACAUGAUGGAUCCAGACGGGAUGCUUCCACCUCGCGUUCCCCAGCGAGAGGCAUCCCUCACCGUCCCUCCUGCCGUACCACAGAUGGGCAAACGUCUGGAGGUCCACUCGUCAGUGUACGGCCUCCGGAAAGGAUCGGCGUCUUCUGCUUCUGGAUCCUCAGCGCUGAAGAAGCACAACACCAACUCAUCCAACUCCUCUCAUUUGUCGAGACACCACAGCUUCCGUGUGGAGACCCCGCCCCCCGCCCCCCAGAGGGUGGACUCCAUACAAAUGACAACGCAGGGCAUAUCGCUGUCUCGGCAGCCUGGGAUGAUCACUUACGGCUCGCUGCCUCGAACGGGCAGCAAACACCUCAAACCCGACGUUCCCCCGAAACCCUCCGUAGUCUCUCUCUCAACAAAAGCAAAGUCCAGUGACUCCGGCACAUAGUCAGCUCGUAACCCCGUUAAGCCAGACUGAACAGACAGAAGCUAAAGGUGUUUUCAGACAGAAGAAACAGGGACUACUGUACAACUUGCAUCUCCUUUUAGUGCAUUUGUUUGUUUUUGGUGGAAAUUCACAGAUUUUGUUUUUAAAUAAUUUGUUUUUAUAUAAAUAUGUAAAUAUCCAAUGGAUGUUGUCUGUUGUUGAGCUCAGAUCAGCUCCCAGUUUGUCUGUAAACACAAAGAGGAAGAUGUACUCCUGAGAGAGGAAGUGAAGCCUGUCCUGGUAUUUCACAUGUCGGCACCCUGUAGCAUUCGAGAUGGUGGCUCCCCUGUUUGUAGUGUCUUCAGCCACCCAGACUUGACUUAUCAUAUGUUAUCGUGCCGAUGGACGGUGAGCGUACAGGGGUCGGGAGACGGAGAAUAAUCAAUGUACAGAAGCACUCAGAGAGACUGGAUUCAGACUGAGUCCUGUUGGAAACUGUGAAGAGAGUCUCAGUGUUACAGCAAUCAAGACCUGGGCGGGUUCUGCUGAGGCCUGGCCAGAAGAAUCUCCUACUGUACUGAACAAUACGUGACUGUUAAUACUAAUAGCCUGUUGUAUUUAUUUUUAUUAAGUGCUUUAAAAGAACAAACUGACUUUUUAGGCUUGGACAGAGAGAGGAGACAAAGAAGAGGUCUUUUAAUAAUAAUUAAUCAAGUGAGGAAAGAAAAAAUAUUUAAAGUCAUUAAACUGGAGCCAGUAGAACUUUUCUUGUAGACUUUAAAAAAAGGUCUUACUGAGUGCUCAGUGGGACCUGCAGCUCGAGAUACAACGACGACGAGGUGGAGAUAUUUAUUGAAACUGUGCCAGAACAGACUUUUACCUUUUCAGACCAGAGUUUCCAUUGUUUUCAACCAAUCAAGAUGAAAGAAAAGAGAAAAAAAGAUCUCCAAAAUCUCCCCCUUCACUCCUCCACCAAGCAAACCCUCGACCCUCCCCUCCAAUCAGCACUGUGGUUUUUUUUUUCGUCUGACUCCAAAACAUUUGUCCUGAUUAACUCACUGUUGCAUGUUACACAUAAAAGGAAGAGGCGCAGCAACAGUGCAGGAAUCAGUGCUCAAAACUAAGCUAAACGUUGCGACUGAGCGACGCCGGUCCAGCGCGGCGCCACGUGGACGAGCAGGCGGAGAAAAAAACGGAAACAAUAAGAAAAAGAAAAAAAAAAACUUUUUAUCGUCUGCUUAUUUUUCCACAUGUAAAUUUGUGCCUUACACCCUAAAGUAGUGACAAUGUUUUUCUUUAAUAGUUGUUAACUUUGUGUCCUUGUUGUAUUCCUUUUUUGUUUUUAUUUUCUUACAUCAUGAUAUUUCCCUUGUUUGAUAAAAAUGCAGUUAAAGAAUGUAGGUGUUAUUGUUGUAAUUCUGGUCCCUUAGACAUUAACACAGUUAACAGGUCAGACGGAGGAGAGGAAGGAGCGAUCACUUUCUUCUUUUUUUACUCUUUCUGCACACACACUCACUCAAUCAUCUUUGUGGUUCAUUUCUGACUGUGCCAUUAACGCGCUUCGAGCCGUCGUUCAUGUUGUGUUGGCAUUGUCUGCAAUUCUUUUUUUUUUAUUUUUUAUACAAGCUAAACGUUCCUGAUGUUGGUUUUUAUUCAUUUUUGUUGUUUGGUGUGAUGACCAGAACAGUUGAGAUUUGCUACGAGUUGAGAAGGCCGAGGUAGCUUCCCGGUGCAUUGCAAUAAUACUGCAACAACAGCACCGUAGCGACCUAUUAGUAUGAGAUACAAUAGGCCCCCAGUGAGCUACAGAAGCUCACUGCUUCUUAUAAGCAUUCAUUUCUUAGGCAGUUGCAUAAACAGGCUGGUUCCUGUGAAGAAAGCUGGGAUUUUAAAACAGUAGUGAAGAAGUUUCUCUAUUUAACCCCGUUUUUUGUAAGAAAACUAUUUGAAAAAAUACUAGUGUUGCUUUUUUUUUUAUUUUUAUUUUUGCGUCACUGACUCUUAUUAUUAAGGCCUGAGAGUUUGACUUAUAUGACCUCUUAUGUUUCCUUCGAUCACCCCUCACCAAAACACUUAAAUCAGUGGAGCACUCUUCUAUUGUUGUAUGUGUAGAUAGGUCAAAGUUUUCUUCAUGUCCAGCAGUUUUUUUUCCGUUUCUCAAUGGAAGAAAGCCAACAAUGUCUCUAUCCACAGCUAAACUAAGAGGGUGAAGUAGGAUCUGAGAAUGGGUUUCUGGUUUUCAUGUGUUGUCUAUAUGCUUACAGCAUUUGGUUGAAAAUAUCUUCAAAGCAGGAGUCAGCUCAACGGUUCUCUAUUACAUGUUGAACAGUUUUUCCAGGAAAUAUAGUCGGUUACAUUUGCUUCUAUUUUGCUGUUAUUUGUAACUUUUAUUUAUACAGGGUGUCUCAUUGAGAUCCAAGAUCUCAUUUAAAAGAUAGACCUGUUUUGAUUAAACAAAGAAAAUUACAAAUAGCAACAAAACAAGCAAUUGAGAGACUCUUUUGGCACCUUUGUUUUAAAACUUGUGUAAAAUAUGACCUUACAAUAAAAUGUGUGGUAUUUGCAAAAACAUAACCUCGCUCUGCAAAGGCCUGAAAAAUUCAACUUCUACAUUUGGGACAAAUCUGUUCAAUUAAAAAAAAAAAAAGUACAAAUCACCAGUGCUAAGACAACUGCUUAUUUUUUUUUUUUUACCAAAG